UACCGUUAAAUAACUCCAAAAUGGCGGCUUAUUGCCUGACUGUCACCAGAUUGCGGCUGGCCCUUGGAACCGGGGCAAGAAGGUUUCAUGUCUCCUCCGUCUUCAGCGCCAAGGCCAAGGUGGCCAUGAGCCGCUUUGAGCCCGACUCCAGCAUCAACUACAAAAAGAUGCAUGAGAACAUCAACAUUGUACGCAAGAGGCUCAACAGGCCUCUUACUCUAUCUGAGAAAAUCGUAUAUGGUCACCUGGAUGAUCCGGCGGGACAGGAGAUCGACCGCGGCCGCACCUACCUGCGUCUGCGCCCUGACCGUGUGGCCAUGCAGGACGCGACGGCGCAGAUGGCCAUGCUUCAGUUCAUCAGCAGCGGUCUGCCCAGGGUGGCUGUUCCCUCCACCAUCCACUGCGAUCACCUGAUCGAGGCUCAGAUUGGAGGGGCUCAGGACCUGCAGAGGGCCAAGGAUAUAAACCAAGAAGUGUACAACUUUCUUGCAACUGCUGCAGCAAAGUAUGGAGUCGGCUUCUGGAAACCAGGCUCAGGAAUCAUCCAUCAGAUCAUCCUUGAGAACUAUGCAUACCCUGGUGUGAUGCUGAUUGGCACGGACUCCCACACGCCCAAUGGCGGCGGACUGGGUGCCGUAUGCAUCGGCGUGGGUGGAGCUGAUGCAGUAGAUGUCAUGGCUGGAAUCCCCUGGGAGCUCAAGUGCCCCAAGGUGAUAGGAGUGAGGUUGACGGGGACCCUCUCUGGCUGGACCUCUCCUAAAGAUGUCAUCCUGAAGGUGGCUGGCAUUCUUACUGUAAAAGGCGGCACUGGAGCCAUUGUGGAGUAUCAUGGACCUGGAGUCGAUUCAAUCUCCUGCACUGGAAUGGCCACUAUUUGCAACAUGGGUGCUGAGAUUGGAGCCACCACAUCUAUUUUCCCCUACAACCACCGUAUGAGGACGUACAUGCACAAAACUGGGCGUGGAGAGAUUGCAUCUGUGGCCGAUCAGUUCCAGGAGGAUCUGGUUCCAGAUAAAGGCUGUGAAUAUGAUCAAGUCAUUGAGAUUAACCUGAGUGAGCUGAAGCCUCACAUCAACGGACCCUUCACCCCGGACCUGGCCCACCCCGUGUCUGAUAUCGGGGCCAUUGCGCAGAAGAGUGGCUGGCCCCUGGAGGUUAAAGUCGGUCUGAUCGGCAGCUGCACCAACUCCAGCUACGAGGACAUGGGCAGAGCGGCUUCCCUGGCCAAGCAGGCUCUCGAUAAAGGUCUGAAGUGCAAAGCCCAGUUCACAGUAACUCCCGGUUCCGAACAGAUCCGGGCCACCAUCGAGAGGGAUGGCUACGCUAAGAUCCUGAGUGACGUUGGAGGAAUUGUCCUUGCCAAUGCUUGUGGACCCUGUAUUGGGCAGUGGGACAGGAAAGAUGUGAAAAAAGGAGAGAAGAAUACAAUCGUCACAUCUUUCAACAGAAACUUCACGGCUAGGAAUGAUGCCAACCCUGCUACUCACGCUUUUGUCACCUCGCCUGAGAUCGUUACUGCGCUGGCCCUCGCUGGGACCCUGAACUUCAACCCCGAGACGGACUACUUGACCGCUCCCAGUGGAGAGAAGUUCAAGCUGGAGCCUCCCAGCGGAGACGAGCUCCCCUCCAGAGACUUCGACCCGGGACAGGACACCUACCAGCACCCCCCCGCCGAGAGCAGCUCAGUCCAGGUGGACGUUAACCCCUCCAGUAACCGCCUGCAGCUGCUGGAGCCCUUUGACAAGUGGCAUGGAAGAGACCUGGAGGACAUGAGGGUCCUCAUCAAGGUGAAGGGGAAAUGCACCACUGACCACAUCAGUGCGGCCGGACCCUGGCUGAAGUUCCGCGGCCACCUGGACAACAUCUCCAACAACAUGCUGAUCGGCGCCGUGAACUACGAGAACGACGCCGUCAACAAGAUCAAGAACCAGCUGACCGGGGAGUUCGGAGGCGUGCCGGAUGUGGCCCGAUAUUACAAGGCCAACGGAGUGAACUGGGUGGUGGUUGGAGACGAGAACUACGGAGAAGGAUCCAGUCGAGAGCACGCUGCUCUGGAGCCGCGACACCUGGGAGGACGCGCCAUCAUCGUCAAGAGCUUCGCCAGAAUCCACGAGACCAACCUGAAGAAACAGGGCCUGCUGCCUCUGACUUUCGCCGAACCCAAUGACUACGACAAAAUCCGUCCUGACGACAAAAUUUCAAUCAUCGGCCUGAAAUCCUUCGCCCCCGGCAAGUCCCUGUCGGCAGUGAUCACGCACAGCGACGGCAGCAGGGAGACCAUCUCUCUGAACCACACCUUCAACGAGACGCAGAUCGAGUGGUUCCGGGCCGGCUCCGCCCUCAACAGGAUGAAGGAGCUGCAGUAGACGGUGAAGAGAAGGAGCAGUAGGAGCCAGGAGGAGCCAGGAGGGGCUGUUGCGAGGGUUUGGGGGUUGUUUCUGAAGGAUUGGAAUGUGGAACGAGGGAGAGAUGACGCCCGCUUUUAAAUUUAAAGAAUAAACCCACAAACACCUUCUCUCGCACGCACACACACACACACACACACACAAACACAAUGUCGCUGUACCGAUUGAAAAGCGCACACACUCACAUACCAACAUGAGCACUUAUAUGCAGACAGGAUUAGCGUGGAAGCACUCCCACCUCCACAGGUAGAAUUACACACACGGACUGACAAUACUGGAGCUCGGCAGUUCGUUUCUGUUACCGUCAGCACCAAUCGGUUGAAAAUGUCACACACAGACGCUGAUUUUUUUUCCCCCCCCAAAUGAAGCUGCCGAGUACAAACGGCAUGAAAACGGCAAAAGCUGCUCACUGGUGCAUGUGUGUUUCGACAUGGCGUGGUUGUCAUUGUUGAAUAAUUCAUCUUCCAGGGCAGUGGCGUCCUGCGUGUUUCAGGUGUGUCCCUGCUCGCACGCUUGAAAACAGUGUGUGUGUCACCGAAGCCUGAUGCUCCUGAAACAUGCAGGAGCUGCGUUUGAUUAUCUACAAAUGCAAUUCUUCAUGAAUAUGUCCAUGAGUAGAUGAAACAGUUUUCUCAAUUUUUAAGCCAUUUCUCUUUGUUGGGAGUUCAGACUGCCGCCAGUCUGGUGUUACAACAUUCUUAUAAACUGCUAAAACUGUAUGACAAAUAUUUCUUUUGCACUAAUACCUUGAUUUGUGUUGUUAACCAGGUAAAUGUUGGAGAAAGUGUGUUGUGUGUGUUAAACAUGGUGGUAUUUAUUGAUUUUUCUGUGAGCCAUCAUACAUGACUUCAGUAAUAUGUGAUUUAGUUCACCUUCAAAAAAGCUUUUCUCAUCAACACAAAUACUGCAAACCCCCGAGUUUCACCCAGCAAGACAUUAACCCGAUUAUCACCCAGCUUAAUUAAAUGUCGCUAGAGAAUGCUGGGAAGAAAGUUGGAGAUGCUGUAGGCCUUUGAUGAGUCUGGCCUGGUUUUGAUCUACCCACUCAUAGAACAUGCCAAAACAAGCUUUUUCACUUGCUUUUAAAGGUCUUUACAAGUUACUUGUACUCACGAAAAUCAGAAAGUUUAGACAUGACCAAAAGUCUCACACACACACACACACACACGUUUCACCGUGUAUCGUUUUAAAAUGUGUUGGAUUUAUUUAAAGGUUCGCUUACACAUGAGAUUGUCACUGUAAGAUGUUCUUUUGGUAACCAGGAGUGUGGACGUGACCACCCAGAUACAUCAGAUGUAAAAUGAUGUUUUUGCACUAAACAGGAAGACAUGGAGCAGUUAUAAACACUAAAACAAAUGCUAAUGUGUUAUUUGGAUGACAGUGUAACCAAACUCCUGGGCUCUCUUAUGGACUGUAAGCAUUAUUAGCGAGGUCCCGUUGCGUCUAACUCGCAGUCUGUGUGUUUUUUAUUUGCUUUCGCACCCGUGUUGCUGCUGUUCCACUCUUCUUCACCACAACUCCUCUAAUUCGCUACAUCAGAGUCCGUAUUAUGCUGCCUGCUUCCUUCUUCUGUCUCUUUGCACAAUGGUAACACCUGAAUGGGUGAAAAUGUUCCUGUAUUGACCGCUGUUGUGUUUUGCUGAUUUUGACCUUCCCUCUGUGUUUUGUGGUGUGUGUAUAUCUGGGUGUGUCUGCCCCCCUGCUGUCUGAGAACUCCUGUGUGUGUGUGUGUGUGUGUGUGUGUGAACCGUCUCUGUGCGCCGUGAUGGGAGAUGACCAUGCGUCCUCGUCUUCGAAGUGAAUGUUUUUGUUCGGGUGGAGGUUCGAACCUCCAUCGCACACUCAACGCACAAUCUAGUGUCCAGAUGCCUGUAUACUAGCACUUUGUAGAGUUAGAAAAGUAGUGUUAAGACGCACUUGUCUGUUUUUCCUCGACACAUUUCACCUUCAGCACAUGUGAAUAUAUAAGAAUGACACAUGA